AUGAGAAAUUGUACAAUAACAACAUUCAUCUUGCUGGGACUGACUGAUGACCCACAACUGAAGGUUCUAGUUUUCAUCUUUCUGUUUCUUACCUACCUGUUGAGUGUGACUGGAAACCUGACCAUUAUCCUCCUCACCCUCAUAGAUAGCCAUCUUAGAACAGCCAUGUACUUUUUUCUACAAAAUUUCUCCUUCUUAGAAAUCUCAUUCACAACUGCUUGCAUUCCUAGAUUUUUGUACAACAUAUCAACUGGUGACAAAAUCAUUACCUAUAAUGCUUGUGCUAUUCAAAUAUUUUUUACUUACCUUUUUGGCAUAACGGAAUUUUUUCUCCUGGCCACAAUGUCCUUUGACCGCUACGUGGCUAUCUGUAAACCCUUGCAUUACAUGACUAUCAUGAGCAACAGAGUCUGCAACAGGCUUCUCAUCAGUUGUUGGACGGUUGGUUUGUUAAUCAUAAUCCCUCCACUUAGCCUUGGUCUAAGCCUGGAAUUCUGUGACUCUAAUGUCAUCGAUCAUUUUUUCUGUGAUGCCACCCCCCUCCUAAAGAUCUCAUGCUCUGACACGUGGCUUAUAGAGAAAGUUAUUUUAGUGUGUGCUGUGUUGACUUUCAUCAUGACCCUUUUGUGUGUACUUCUAUCCUAUAUUUAUAUCAUCAUGACCAUUCUAAGAUUUCCUUCUGUUCAGCAAAGGAAAAAAGCCUUUUCCACCUGUUCGUCCCACAUGAUUGUGGUUUCUAUUACCUAUGGCAGCUGCAUCUUCAUGUAUGUCAAACCAUCAACAAAGGAAGAGGUGGCGCUUAAUAAAGGUGUGUAUUUGCUCAUAUCUUCUAUAUCACCUAUGUUGAACCCAUUUAUUUACACCCUAAGAAAUAAGCAAGUGAAAAAAGCUUUCAUUGACUCAAUCAAAAGAAUUGCAUUUCUCUCAAAGAAGUAA